GUAAGGCGUAAUUGUAGGAGAUCCGGACUGAACAUUAACGAUCAUCAAAAACGUGUAGACAGGGGUCAGCGGGUCAGGCCCUACUCCGAUCAUUAAUUCUUCGUUCUUUCCAAAAUUCAAAAUCCAUGCUUAGUUGUAGUCUUUAAGCUCAUCUUCCUAAAUUCAGAGAGUUCAUUCUUUUGUUGCCAUGGCCUCUUCCGCCCUCAAUCUUCUUUUCUUCAUGCUUCCAUUUUCUCUUCUAUUCAUUUCGGCCACUGCUCAAACAAACAUGACCUUAGGCUCAUCCCUUUCCACGGCUGACGGCUCCGGGUGGCGCUCSCCUUCCGGUGAAUUCGCAUUUGGGUUUCGUCUCGUUGGGGAUACCAACCUCUUCUUGCUUGCCAUUUGGUUUGACAAAAUUCCUGAGAGAACCAUAAUUUGGUAUGCAAAUGGAGAUAAUCCAGUGCCGCAAGGAUCAAAGGUUCAACUGACCAAAGAUGGCCGUCUUGAGAUAAUUGAUCCUAAAGGCCAACAGAUAUGGAAGGCUGUUCUUCCAUCAAGUUCUGCUGGAAUCGCUCAUGGUGCAAUGCUUGACACUGGCAACUUUGUUCUCGUAUCUAGCGGGAAUUCUGGCUAUGCAUGGGAGAGUUUUGACAACCCCAGUGACACUCUGUUGCCUACACAGAAGCUCGAAGUGAAUGGAAUGCUUUCUUGUCGACAGGGGACCAGCUUCAACAGGGGAAAGUUCCAACUCCGUCUGCUCCCUGAUGGAAAUCUGGUGCUUAAUACCAUAGGCUUGCCAACCACCGCUGCCUAUGACGCCUAUUAUAUCAGUGGAACUUUUGAGAGAGAUCCAAUGGACUCUGGUUAUCGAUUGGUGUUCAAUGAGUCUGGAUACAUGUAUAUCCUAAAAAGAAACGGAAACACAGUGAUGCUCAACCCAGAAAGUGUGCCUCCUUCAAUCUCUGAUAACUAUCACAGAGCAACACUUGAUUAUGAUGGGGUUUUCGUGCAAUAUUAUCGCCCAAGGAAUGGCAGUGGAAGCUGGAAAUCGUUGUGGAUAAUUCCUGAUAAUAUUUGUCUCACAACUCCGAAUAAGUUGGGAAGUGGUCCUUGUGGCUACAACAGUUACUGCAGACUACACGAAGGCAGACCUGUUUGUUAUUGCCCACCUCAGUAUUCCCUCGUAGAUUCAAGCAACAGCUUCAGUGGUUGCCAACCAAACUUCCUGCCAGAUUGUGUUCUGGGACAUGGGCCCGGAAACCCAGAGGACCAAUUUCGGUUCGAGGUGAUGAGUUUCGUUAAUUGGCCAUUAGGUGAUUAUGAAAGAUUAGAUCCUUUCACUCARGAAGAAUGUGAGRAGUCUUGUUUGCAUGAUUGUCACUGUGCAGUCGCCAUAUUUGAUUAUCAAAGUUGCUGGAAGAAGAAGCUGCCACUCUCGAACGGAAGGUUUGACAGCAACGAAAUUGGGAAGGCACUAAUCAAAGUAAGAGUAGGUGAUCCUCCUCUUCCACAAGGUCCUAGUCUUCCAGCUCCAGAAGCAAAGAAGAAAGAUGUGAAUAAGACGUUGAUCCUUGUUGGGUCCCUGCUUUUAGGUGGCUCCGUAUUUGUCAAUUUUCUAUUCAUGGGUGCAGGAAUUAUUCUUGCUGUUCUCUAUACAAAUCGCAACAAGCAGAGAAAAGUUCCAUCAGAAACCAGUGUCUUGGAAACAAAUCUGCACUCUUUUACUUAUAAGGAUCUUGAGGAAGCAACUGAUGGGUUCAAGGAAGAGUUGGGAAGAGGUGCUUUUGGCAUUGUUUAUAAAGGGGUUUUGGGAACAAAUCCUAUAAAUUCGGUGGCAGUGAAGAAGCUAGACAAAGUGGUUCAAGAAGGCGAGAAAGAAUUUAAGACUGAAGUGAGCGUUAUUGGUCGGACCCAUCAUAAGAAUUUAGUCAGGUUGCUUGGAUUUUGUAUGGAAGGACAGCAUCGGCUCUUGGUGUAUGAGUUCAUGAGCAACGGCACUCUAGCAAGCUUCCUUUUUGGAAUUUCAAAGCCUGAUUGGAACCAGAGAGUUCAGAUUGCUUUCGGCAUUGCAAGAGGGCUCAUGUACUUGCAUGAGGAAUGCAGCACCCAGAUCAUCCACUGUGAUAUAAAGCCUCAAAACAUACUGCUAGACGAUUAUUACACGGCUAGGAUUUCCGACUUCGGAUUGGCAAAGCUAAUGAUGACGAACCAGAGUCGGACUCGUACAACCAUCAGAGGAACCAAAGGUUACGUCGCACCUGAAUGGUUUAGGAGCAUGCCAAUCACCGUAAAGGUUGAUGUAUAUAGUUAUGGAGUCAUGUUGCUGGAGAUUAUCUGUUGCAGGAAGAGCGUCGAGCUAGAAAUGGGGUCUGAAGAGGAAGCAAUUCUAACAGAUUGGGCUUAUGAUUGCUAUCAACAUGGGAGGUUAGAUGCUCUGGUGGAGAACGAUACAGAUGCGAUGAAUGACAUGAUUAGGCUAGAGAGGCUAGUAAAGGUUGCAAUUUGGUGUAUUCACGAGGAGCCAUCACUGAGACCCACCAUGAAGAAGGUUACACAGAUGCUAGAGGGCAUUACCGAAGUUUCUAUACCUCCAUGUCCGUUUCCCUUCAGUUCAGCCUGUUGAGAAUUACAAUUAGCUAGCUGUUCUUACGUUACUGCUAUAGUCGGGGCUAGCCCGGCCACCACAUAAUUCCUUUCUUAACUAGUAAUUAUUUGUUUAGUACUUCUUUACAUUCCUCUCUGAACUCUCCCAACCAGUAAUUAGUUUGAGUUGUUUAAUCUGAGAGAUUAGUGUUAAUUAAAGUUUGUAGAAGCUAGGAAGAGAGUCUAAUUCAGAAUUCCAUAAACUUCAGCUCAACAGCGGAAGGCUAUCAUGUCCUUGUUUCCUUGCAUCUACUGCAAACAAUGAUUUGCAACGGAGGUCUUUGUUGAUGAUGAAUGGA